AUGGACUUGGAUCAGCAAAGAUAUUAUUAUCUCACCAUGUUGUGGCAGAGAACUCUGUAUGUCAUUGUUCUUCUCUUGGCUCUUUGGUAUAGAAACAGAGAUGAUAGAAAAUUUAGAAGUGGAGGAAGAAAGUAUGGUCCACUAGUUGAGAGAGACAUCUACAGGACUAAUGUCCUGGUUAGGCUAAUUGACAUAUCCGAUGCAAUAUGUAUCAAGCAACUGCGGAUGUCUCGAGCUGUGUUUUACAAGCUAUGCAUUAGGCUCAGGCAGAAAAAGUUGUUAAGUGAUACACUACAUGUUUCAGUAGAGGAACAAGUAGCAAUGUUCCUAUACAUGAUCGGUCAGCAUCACACAAAUUCAUCCAUUGGAUUUUGGUUCUGGCGAUCUAGUGAAACAGUGAGCAGAUAUUUCAAUAUUGUUCUUCGUGCGAUGGGGGAGUUAGCUCGUGAUCUCAUUUACGUUAGAUCAACGGACACACACACAAAAAUCACUAGCAGCCCGGACAGAUUCUACCCGUAUUUUGAGGUAACCCUUAGACCGUAG